AUGAGGGCGUAUCGAAAAACUCUGCCAUGGAAGGAUGGGAACGAACCACUCUCGGUCCCGAUCAACGGCGAAACCGCCAUGCCGAGUCAAAGAACGUCUCUCGGGACGGCUUGGCUACGCAGUCCCCGAGUUUUGCCACCAGGUCAACCCGACCUAAAACGUGCCGGGCAACUCGGCUAUCCGUCUGACUGGUUCACCACAGCCGAUCUCACCCUGGAACCGGCUCUGGCUGGCUCAUUCCCCUGCUUUGUGUGGGUUCGUUCGGGAGCCGUGCGAGUCGACUUCGGCCGGUCUGGUGUGCUGAUUUGA